CAGGUGCGGCGGGACCCGCUGGCGUCGCGCGGGCGGCGGGCGCGGGAUGGAGGCGCUGCCAGGUGAAGAAGUCUGGAGAUGUCUGGGAUGUGGGGACAGCAUUGCUGCUGGGCAGCGCCUCCACAAGACUGUCAAUGAAGCUUGGCACAUUUCCUGUUUCCGGUGCUCUGAAUGCCAGGAUCCCCUCACUAACUGGUACUAUGAGAAAGAUGGGAAGCUGUACUGUCACAAAGACUACUGGGGGAAGUUUGGGGAAUCUUGCCAUGGCUGCUCUCUGCUGAUGACUGGACCUGUGAUGGUGGCUGGCGAAUACAAGUAUCACCCCGAGUGCUUUGCUUGUAUGAGCUGCAAAGUGAUCAUCGAAGAUGGGGACACUUAUGCACUGGUGCAACAUUCCACUCUCUACUGUGGAAAAUGCCAUAACCAGAUUGUGCUGACACCGAUGAUAGAAAAACACUCCACUGAGUCUCUGCGUGAGCAGCUGCCCUAUACACUGACCCUCAUCUCCAUGCCAGCAGCCACGGAUGGCAAGAGGGGGUUCUCUGUGUCUGUUGAAGGUGGCUGCUCCAGCUAUGCCACUGGUGUCCAGGUGAAAGAAGUUAACAGGAUGCACAUCAGCCCAGAUGUCCGAAAUGCCAUCCACCCUGCAGAUCGUAUCCUGGAGAUCAAUGGAGCUCCUAUUCGCACAUUACAGGUGGAGGAGGUGGAGGAAUUGAUUCGCAAGACAAGCCAGACCCUUCAGCUGCUGAUAGAGCAUGACCCUGUCUCGCAGCGCUUGGACAGGCUUCGUUUGGACUCCCGUCUUCCCACCCACAUAAAGACACCCAUCUCCCCACGCUCCCUCUCUCCACUGGACAUCAAGGAGAACCUGGAAGGAACACUCCGACGGCGCUCCCUCAGGCGAAGUAACAGCAUUUCUAAGUCUCCCGGCCCCAGCUCUCCAAAGGAACCGCUCCUUCUGAGCCGUGACAUCAGUCGUUCUGAAUCCCUGCGCUCCUCUUCCAGCUGCUCCCAGCAAAUCUUCCGGCCCUGUGACCUGAUUCAUGGAGAAGUUCUAGGAAAAGGAUUUUUUGGACAAGCGAUCAAGGUGACUCACAAAGCAACAGGAAAGGUGAUGGUGAUGAAGGAGCUGAUUCGCUGUGAUGAGGAAACACAGAAGACUUUCUUGACAGAGGUGAAAGUGAUGCGCAGCCUGGACCACCCCAAUGUGCUGAAGUUCAUUGGUGUGUUGUACAAGGACAAGAAGCUGAAUCUCCUCACCGAGUACAUUGAGGGGGGCACGCUGAAGGACUUCCUCCGCAAUGCAGACCCAUUUCCCUGGCAGCAGAAGGUCAGCUUUGCCAAAGGAAUUGCCUCUGGAAUGGCUUACUUGCACUCCAUGUGCAUCAUUCACAGAGACCUGAAUUCACACAAUUGCCUGAUCAAGUUGGAUAAGACAGUGGUGGUGGCUGACUUCGGUCUGUCUCGGCUGAUUGUGGAAGAAAGGAAAAAGCCCACUUUAGAGAAGCCAUCUGCCAAGAAACGAAUGCUCCGCAAGAGUGACAGGAAAAAGCGCUACACGGUGGUUGGGAACCCGUACUGGAUGGCCCCAGAGAUGCUGAAUGGACAGAGCUACGAUGAGAUGGUGGACAUUUUUUCAUUUGGGAUUGUUCUCUGUGAGAUCAUAGGCCAGGUUUAUGCCGACCCAGACUGUCUCCCACGCACACUGGAUUUUGGCCUUAAUGUCAAGCUGUUCUGGGAGAAGUUCGUUCCUCCUGAUUGUCCUCCAGCCUUUUUCCCUCUGGCUGCUAUUUGCUGCAGACUGGAACCAGAGAGCAGGCCCCCUUUUUCCAAGCUGGAAGAUUCCUUUGAAGCUCUUUCUCUGUACCUGGGAGAACUUGCCAUCCCCCUUCCAUCUGAGCUGGAGGAGCUGGACCACAAUGUGAGUGUGCAGUAUGGACUGAACCGUGACAAGCUACCUGAAAACACAACCUAGUCCACUCAUCCUACUGCCUGCAUCACUUCCAUUGGAGCUGGGAUGAGCGUCAGGGAGGGAGAUGCACUUCAGCCACUUCCAGGGCAUUAACGGGGCACCACACUGUGCAUUUGCUGCACUGCCUCUCUCUCCCCACCCAGCUUCCCUCGUCUUGGAUAUCCUGACUCACUGUGGAUUUCUGGCGUGUUUCAGAAGCAAAAAGGACCAUUUCCUGCCAGCUGCACCUAGGAAAGCUGCUGAACGCUAUUUUUCUGGCUUGAGAAAUAUUUUUCUGGCCUUUUCAGGCUUCUUUACUGUGGUGCCUUAGAACUUGGCUGCAAGCUGUGAAGCCACCCUGGCCUCUCUGCCAGGGAGGGAAUUGCUAUAGGAGAUUCUCCUGGGUAAGGACCAGCACUUCUGGAACAGCUUCUCCCACUGACUGCCCUGCUCAGAAAGGUGGGGGAAUUGGACAUCCAGCAACAUGUCCCACCAGGACAGCACAUGUAUGUAUUUGGAUGUGUUUCCCAGAACAACCCACUGAGAUUUUGGCCUCUGACACGUAUCAGAGGAGGGAGUGAAAAGCCCUAGGAACUGGGCAGCUCUCCUGAAAUACCUUGUCUCUGGGGAAGCACAUAUGAAUUGUUCUGGUUUUGUGGGCUUUUAUUCCUUCUGUGUCUCUGAAUACCUCCAAAAGCCUGCCUAGAAACACUAAGACUGAGCUCUGCUUGGCCCUCCUGAUGGCAAAUGAGGCAGGCAGCAAAUAAGCCACUGGAGCAUCUUCAGACCCUGCGCCUGCAGUGAGUUUGCUUGCCCAAAACCUUAACCUAGGUGAAAGUUUUUGAGCCUGAAUGUGUAGUUCUGCACUAGGCAGCACUGGCUGUGGACAUUCCUGAGUGCUUGAGCUUUUGGCCUGUGGAUGUGAGGUGACAGAAAUGGCGGCAGAAGGUGCUUGUCAGAAAGCCAAAGGUUUGAAGUGGCUCAGAUCUUGGGCACGGACAAUGGCAAAGGGCAACUUGCCCAAGGUUAAUUCAAGGAUGGACUUGUCAUGAAUAGAAUAGUGCUGGAGAAUGUCCCAUCCUCCCUGGAGUGGCAGCUGGAGAACUAAUUCAGUUGCCAUUACCUCAUCCUUUCCUGCAGAUUGUGCAACUUGCACCUUUUGAAGGUCCUUCUUUCAGUUGCUGCUGCAGCACCUGAGCUCAUUCUCCAAACAGAAAUUUUCCUCAGGGUCAUUCCCUGCUCUGGGGGAGGAAAAAGGGGCUUGGAGUCAUUGGGAGGUGGGUCUCUUCUGCUUCUUUUCUUUCUCCCUUAGUGGGAGAAGGAAGGAAGAAAGCUACUGCUGCAGUAGCUCACAUGGUUGGCAGAACUGAACAAAAAGCUGGAUCAAGGUCUGCUUGUAAGUCUCACAAACAUCAUGGUUUAACUGGAUUUUUAGUGUGUUCCUUUCUCCCUCCUCCUCCUUUCAGCAUUGAAUGGUGGGGAAUGGGUGUUAGUCUUUGCUGUUACUUUGGUUUCCUCCCCCUACCCAUGGAUUUAAAGUAUUAUGUAAAAUAACAUGGGACCAGCCAUCACCUGCCAUCAGGUAUGCAAGGGGGGGGCGUUUUUAGUCUGUGUAGUGGUGUUUUAGAAACACUGGGGGCUCCCUGUGCUGUGAGUCAGGCAGGAGCCUCUCUAAACUGGGUCCAGUGGAUCCAGGAUUGUUAAUAGGAUUUGCCCUUUCAUUCCCCCACCCAGGCUGGUUUGUGAGGGGACCCCUGAAGGGAAAGUUCUGGGUGAUGUGUGGGUGGGGUUUAUGAACUGUGAUUUGCACCGCUCCACAUUCUAACUAAAUUAAAAAGCAGUAACUGAAUGCUGUUGAAAACAAGAUUUUGUGGUCUCUGUGCUAAAUAAAGCCGGAAGCUGUAACUUU